UGGUGAAUACCUGUAUAAUGUUUAUAGCUUAGAAUGUGACCAGUGAUCGAUACACUGCGUGUGAUUAAGAACCAAAUCAUGUAUGGUUUCGUCAAUUAUGCUUUGGAGUUGUUGGUUCUCCGGAAGUUUGGUGAAGAAGCAUGGGAAGCUAUCAAAAAAGAAGCCGAGUUGGAAAUGGAGGGACAUUUCCUCGUCCGUAUGGUAUAUGAAGAUUCUUUGUCCUAUGAUUUGGUUGGAGCAGCGUCUAAAGUAUUAAAUGUACCCGCAGGACAAAUCCUGGAAUUAUUUGGCAAAAUGUUUUUCGACUUCUGUCAAGAAUCAGGAUACGAUACAAUUUUACAAGUUCUUGGAGGAACCACGAAAGAUUUCUUACAAAAUCUUGAUGCCCUUCAUGACCAUCUAGCUACGAUCUACCCAGGUAUGCGAGCUCCGUCAUUCCGUUGUACAACUCGGGAUUCAGACGGCGCAACUGUCCUCCAUUACUAUUCAGAACGUGAUGGUCUGGAACCAAUCGUAAUAGGAAUUGUCAAAGAAGUAGCGUUAAAGCUACACAACACUGAAGUUAAUGUAGAUAUUAUUCAGACAAAAGGCGAAGAGUGCGACCAUGUUCAGUUUGCUAUAACUGACAAAAGUACAGACGCUAGAUCAAGCAUUUCCGAAAUAGAGGGAUUCGAACAAAAUCUUUCUAUGGACCCCAAAAUCAGUCCAGCUACAUUCUGUAGAGCCUUUCCAUUUCAUGUUCUAUUCGAUGAAAAUAUGAUCAUUCAACAAGCUGGUACAUCGUUGAUGAGAGUCAUACCAAAACUUAGAAUAGGUCACUCUAAAAUUGACAUGAUUUUUGACAUGGUAAGACCACACAUGGAUUUCUACUUUAAUCAUUUACUCUCCCAUAUUAAUACUGUUUACGUUUUAAAAACUAAAUCUGCUAUUGGUGGUGACUCAAGUGGAUUGUACAUAGACCAUGAUAUUGGAGAACAACACGAUCACUCUCACCUUCGACUUAAAGGACAAAUGAUCCAUGUCACUGAAUCUAAUUGUAUGUUAUUCUUGUGCUCGCCCAGUGUCGCCAACUUAGAUGAAUUGUCUCGACGUAACUUAUAUCUGAGCGACAUUCCACUUCAUGAUGCUACCCGUGAUCUCGUGUUGCUAUCUGAGAAAUUUGAAGCAGAGUAUAAACUGGCCCGUAAACUAGAAAUUCUGAACGAUCAACUGCAACAAACACACAGGGAACUGGAGGAUGAGAAAGCAAAAACAGAUAAGUUAAUGUAUUCCAUUCUUCCAGCCUCUGUUGCAAAUGAAUUACGUCAUCAAAGACCAGUUCCUGCAAACAAAUUCGAUAGUGUCACUAUUCUCUUUAGUGGGAUCGUUGGAUUCAGCGAAUUUUGCCAGAAUCACUCAGAUGCGCAUGGAGCUAUGAAAAUUGUUAAAUAUCUAAAUGACGUUUAUACAAAAUUUGAUGAUCUGUUAAAGAAUAACCCAAAUGUAUACAAGGUAGAAACAGUAGGUGAUAAAUAUAUGGCAGUAAGUGGACUUCCGGAAGCAUGUAAAGAUCAUGCGCGAAGUAUAGGGAGACUUGCGUUGGAUAUGAUGGCGAUAUCUAAACACAUUAUAGAUCCAACGGGUGAAAGGGUGAUGAUAACCAUUGGUAUUCAUUCUGGGGAGGUUAUGACUGGAGUUAUUGGAAAGCGCAUGCCCAGAUAUUGCUUGUUUGGAAACACUGUAAAUAUCACCAGCAGGACUGAAACAACGGGAGUCAAGGGCCGGAUUAACGUUUCAGAGUCAGCUUACAAGUUUCUGCAGACAGAAGAAUGUUUUGAUCCUGAGUUUGACUUGCAGUAUAGAGGAUCAAUUCAAAUGAAAGGAAAACCAGAACCUAUGAGAUGCUACUUCCUGUCACGGAAACCUAUUUUUAGACCAGGAAAUCUUGUAAAGAGGGCUACCAUUAAGUAACCGUCGGCUUUUUAGAUAUUUAUUUAAUACAUUUAUCGUUUAAUUUAUUUAGAGAUAUAUUGUUUAUUGUUGAUGUCAAUGAGAUAAUAAAGUUAGAAACAU